AUGGCGACUCGAAAUCCAAACAUUCCCGCGGGUGCGAUUCCUGUCACUAUAAGGAAUCCUCAGGGAGGAAUGCCUGCUAGGACAACCCAACCUGAAGGUCCUCCACAACAACAAUCCGGCUACCAGACUUUGCCUACCUCAACUGCUGCACCUACGCCCAGUAAUCAGCCUCCGGUCUAUUACGAUGGAAGAACAGCAAACGGAGGAGUUACUCUACCUGCGUCCUCUCCACCCAGGAACAUGCAAAAUCCUGAUGUCCUCACGCAAUCAUACUUACUCCAACAACAGUUUAUACAACAACAAAUAAGAGCCCAGCAGCAACUGCAGCAACAAUCCAGUGCCAUGAGAAUCAUCUCCGCAGCAAACCCGGCCGCUAACAGCCAAAAUACUCCACCACCUAUACGAAGCACAAGUACUCAGGUUCCCCUCAACUCUGGAAGACAAUAUCAGGCUUCGUUGCUCACCGACUCGGGCUCUGAAACUGAUUCUACUGUAUUUGACGACAUGACUCACGGCGGGAAUGCAUCUUCAGCAAUGUCUUCUGGCUCUACAGAUGUUGGAUCAGCCGAUUCAGAUAUGGAUGAAGCCAACAAGGAAGGUCUGAAAAAGAGCUUCCCCUCCAAAUCUCGAGCAUUGGUCGAUUUGCCAACUGAAGAACGAGGCAAAACUCGACCAUGGCAGGGAAACACUAAACUGGUCAUGUCUGUCUUGUCGGAAAUGUGGCUGGUUCACAUAUUGUUUAUAUUCGGUGGUACAUAUCUUAUGACAUUCCAACUACCUCAAUCAUAUACGGAUUCAGAGUUGUGGAAUGUGUCUUGCUGGUGGAAAAUUGCAUGGUUAUUCCCUAUGCCAUAUACUCUAAUUUGUUUGUUUGGUCUGGCCCUCCCGUUUCGCACGACAAAGUUCAUUAAUCGUGAAGGAGAAGCUAAAGCUCGUCGCCUUGAUAAUCUGUACGUCUUGACUGUAACCAAGGGCAGUAAUCGUGAAGCCGUAUAUCGUUCUUGGAAUGCUCAUAGGCACUUGGAACGUCUGCAUCCUUGUAUUCGUGUGCAUGUGUUGACUGAUGAACCGUACUACUUUGAAAACAUCAAUUGCUACACAUGUCCACGCGGUUUCAACGCUCCGAACGCACUCUACAAGGCUCGUGCCCUCGAAUGGUACCGCCAAACCAUGCGCUACACUGAACACGACUGGGUCUUGCACUUGGACGAAGAGUCUGUUGUAGACGAUGAAACAAUCCGUCGUAUCUUGGACUUUAUUUGGUAUGAGCCUGAAUACUGGUGGGGCCAAGGACCAAUCUUCUAUAAUCAAUGGGCGUACUGGAAGAACUGGGUGUUUACUGUUGCUGAUGGAUUGCGUGUUGGUGAUGAUUUGUCGAGAUUCCAGCUGCAGUAUACUUACUUCCAUCGACCAAUUUUUGGAGCUCAUGGAUCCUUCCUUCUCGUCAAUGGUCUUGUUGAAAACACAGUCACUUGGGACUUGGGUUCUUUGACUGAGGAUUAUCAAUUCGCAGUCAAGGCAUGGAGUCAAGGAUUCUUGUGUGGCAAGAUUUGUGGUAUUGUUCGUGAACAGAGUCCUUCCCGUUUCAUGGAUUUCUUGAAGCAACGACGAAGAUGGUAUGUUGGUAUUCGCCGUCUUCCUCUUGUUCUACCACGUAUAUGGGCAUUCUUCUGGACAUUGGGUAUCAUCUGUCUCUACGGCACAAUCGCCUCAGUAGUCCUCGGCUUCUUCAUCCCACUAGGCACUCCACGUUGGUUUGGCCUCCUCAAAGAUGUCACCUUUAUCACCUUCGUCUACCUCUACUUGCUCGGAAUAUUCAUCCAAGAUCUGGAUCGUGGUGUCAAUCCACUACUCAUGCUGAUUAGGUUGCCAAUGACAUUCUUCAUACAAUUUAUCGCAGUUGUGAUGGAAUGUUCUGCUGUGAUGUAUGCGUUGUUGAUUCCGCCAAAGGGCUUUGAGGUUAUUAAAAAAUAA